UUUCUGAAGCCUGUCGACGUGGCAAACGUUCCGGGCUAUGCAGAUCUUGUCAAGCAUCCUAUGGACUUUGGCACUAUGACAGACAAGGUCAAUAGGGCCAAGUAUCGUUCACUGGAAGAUUUUGCGUCAGAUCUCCGACUUGUGACAACAAACGCCAAGAUAUUUAAUCCUCCUGGAACGAUCUAUCACACCGAAGCUGAAAGGAUCGAA